AUGGGACCAGGCAGACCAGCCUCAGCCUGUGUUCAUCUAGCAUCUGAUGUGCAACUCGAUGGGAGGAGUAACCCCAGGAAACUUCAGACCCAGAACCAGCUGCAGUUUAAUAGGAAUGUUCCUACACAUUCAAGCAACUUGGCAACCCAAUACUCUUGCCCACAUGGAAUUAAAAUUGAGAAACUGAAGCACUCAUACAACGAGUCUUACCACUGUAGAGAUUUAGGUUUUAGAGAUGGUCCCGGCCUGAGCAGCUCUGUUUCAUUUUCUGUUAUAUCAGAAGAGAGACUUAGCUAUGCGGUUCAUCUGGCCAAAAGAGAUGUAAAACGAAGACAAUUUGAAGAACAUAGAAAAGAGCAUCACCUCAGAAGUCAACCCCGUGUCUUUCGGAACUGUGGACACUCUCAGUAUAAAACGUCUGACCUUGGGGUGGAAAGAGAGGAAUCAAGGAGUCGGGAUGCCUGUCAUGGCAGCCACCAGCCAUCCAAAGUAGAGAUUUCCAGCUCAGGCGCCAAGGUAUACCUGUACACAUCUCAUCCAGGACAGUCGGGUCUUCCUGUGCCAAAUUCUCCACCCACGCGCGAUCCAGGCCUUCAGCCACACUCUAGGAUAGAUGACCACAAAAGCCUAUGUGAACACAAAUGCCUGCUGGAAGUUCAGCGACUCCAGAAAGAAUUGAGCAGUUGUAUCCGUAAAAUUGAAGCAGUAGCUAAAAGAGAUCACGUGGAAGAAGCUUUGGACCCUGAUGAGGAGCGGAGGAUCCGGGUCAGGAGACAGGAGCAGGCGGUCCGCUCUGCCCGUACCCUCUAUGUCCUCCAGCAGCAGGUUAAAGAAAUCCAGGAAGAAUUGGAUAAAUUGAGUCCACAUAAGAUUAAACACACCAAGAAGUCAUGGGCAGUGUCCAGGCUGGCUGCUGCCCAUCGAGGAGCAAUUCGGGCCUUACAGACGUUUGUCGCUCAGUUCACUGCCGGAGGGGAGUACCCCAUUCCUACUUGGUGCAAGGAGCUGGGCAGUCUUAUCCGCCAGCUCUCUCUCUGUUCUGCCAAGCUGGAGGCCGAGUCUUCUGUCCCUGAUGUGGUGAUAGAUAUCUUGCAACAGAUCGAGGCUUUAGAAUCUCUCCUGGAAAAGAAACUGUCUCCAAAAAAGGCAAAGAAAUGUUUCAGUGAAAUGCGGAGCAGAUUUCCCGUUGGUAGCCAAAGGGCCUUAGAGAGAUGGCGAAACACAUCCCCAAAGAAUGAGAGGAAGCCCUUUGUAGCAAAGGAGAUAUUUCCACAGGAAACAAGACACCCUUCAGUGGCAAAGAAGCUCCUUGCUGAUAAGUAUCAACCGGAUACAGAGCUUCCAGUGACCCAGAGGCUGGAAAAUGAGCUUGAUGGAUUAGAGGUGGAUAUCCUUCAGGAAGAUGUUCCAUCUAUCCUCGACCAAAAUGCAGGCUUCAAAGAAGAGGCAUUAGCCCUGGCAAAAAUAAAAGCAGGGAGAAAGAAGCUUAUGACAGAGAAUGUGCCACCGUCUAGGAAGAAAGAUACUCUGGCACCAGCAAGACCACAGCAAGGACUCCGCAAAACCCAAAAAAGUAGACCAAUCCCCUCUUAUAGCAAAAGCCGGCUGCAAAGGACAACAGUCUCCUCCAGAUUAAAAGUGAACCAACAGCCUGUGAAAGACAGUAGGACUCCUUGGAUACCUCCAAACCCCACAUCCCCACCAGCAUCUCCUAAAUGUGCUGCCUGGCUCAAGGUGAAAUCCAGCCCAAAAGAUACCACCAAAGAACAAUCUCUCCAGCAGGAAGAUACGCAAGAGGACAGUCGGUUGAGAGGUGCCGUUGAACACGAAGCAGUGAGACUCGCUUGGCUGGAUGCUGAAACUUCCAAAAGAUUGAAGGAAUUAGAAGAAUUAAAAGCCGAACAAAUGGACAAAAUGCAAAAACAGAGGCUCCAUUGGCUUGAUGCUGAAACUUCCAGAAGAACAAAGGAAUUGAAUGAGCUGAAAACUGGAGAAAGGGACAGGUGUCAGAAACUGAGAUAUGUGUUUGCUUCUGAAGGUGUUUCCACCACCCAGUUAGCAGACAAGGUAGAGAAGGCAGUUCUGGAGCGUUUGAAGCCUCUCCUGGCCAAGGCCCAGAGAGUCAAUUCUUCUCUGGAAGUAGAUACUCAUUUGAAGGAUCGGCCAUCAGAAAUCACAAUGACAACCCAGCCUGCAGAGGAGGCUACAGCUGUUGAUGGUGAAUCCAGUAACAUUCAUCAGCUGGAUGGUUUUUUGGAAGAUACCACUCACGAGCAUUGGCCCAUGACUCACUCUAAGAUCUGGGAGUCUGAUGCCUUAGCCACCUUGGGGGACGGCAAGGACAGCCCGAACCUGGAGAUCAUGAUGCUCCGAAUGGAGGAAAUGGAAAAAUACCAGGAGACAGUUCGCCAAAGAUAUAAUAAAAUUGUAUAUACCGAUCCUCAUUUUUGGAUGCAAGAAGAAAAAAAUGACCAAAAAUUUCCAGCAGUAAGUGAAAGGCCUCUUUCUCCUCAUCCAAUCAGGAUCACAAAGACAACAGCUCGAAAAGACCCAGAUGUGAACAUCGUGUUAGAAGGGCCCUGCAAUGGCGCUUCCCUGGAUGAAAGUGUGGGAACAGAGGAGAGACCAGAGAAAAGAGAAGCUCCCCUUCUCUCCCUUUCAGAAGAUGCUCAACAGACAGAAGGCCGAGCUGCCCUCUUUGUCCCUCCAGCCAUGCGACAUAGCAUCGGUGACUACUGCCGCCAUUUCGAGCACUACCUGCAGGUGAUCGCGCACGAAGCCGUGGGCUCCUUCAACCCAUGGCUCAUAGCUGAAAGCUUCUCAGAAGAGCUGGUCGACGAAGCCCUGGGGGCUGUGGCUGCUGAACUGCAGGACAUGUGUGAAGAUUACGCAGAAGCCGUGUUCACCUCAGAAUUCUUGGAACCUGCUACGUGA